AUGACACUUCCAGCCGGUGUGGCUGCAAUUUCCUGUCUUUGGCCUCUUCUUGUCUUUCUAUGUGUUUUCUCCCAGAGUUGUUAUGGGACCCGGGUCGAUCUGAGUCUCCACACUAAUCACAGCCCAAGCCUGUACCCUAAUCCACGGCUCAAGUCCCUGCCUGAACCAACCCCACUGCCAAGCUCUCCUCCUGAAAAACAUAUGUCUCCAGUGAACCCCAGCCAGCACUCGAAUUCAAGCAGCAACCUCUGGAGCAAGACUCAGUUAAAGCUUCGGCUUGACACCAUGUCCUAUCUUACUGACAACCAUAGGGCCAACUCAAACUUACCAUCAUCAAUCUCCCCGACCACAUCAAACUCAAACGGAAGACUCAAGCUACAGCAUGCACCCAAACAGAGUUCUAAUUCAAGGCAAGGGAUUGCAUACAAGUCAAAUUCUAAUCAGGUGUCAAGAUAUACCUUAAACAAUCCCAAGCAAUCUUCAAUCAUCAACCCCAAAACCAAUCCACAGCCAAAGCCCAAGGCAUUCUUCAACUCUAAAGCAGUGGCCAGGCGUGAGACAAAUUCUGAGUCAGUCACAAACACUAAAUUAUCUUUACCACCUAGUCCUAAUCAAACAUCUGACUCGUCUGAUACAAUCAAGACUUACUACAAUCCCAGCCCUCCUACACCAUCCAAUCCUAGAUCUCAUACCAAAUUCCCAACUUCACAAAUAAAUACAAAUGCAAAAUCUAACUCCAGGAUCUCCAACUUCAGAGCAUCCAUAAGAGUACAGAGUAACGAGACCAAGUUCCUGGAGACAGACAAAGAUUCCCACUAUCGGCCCAAGAGAGGCUGGAUCUGGAACCAGUUCUUUGUUCUGGAGGAACAAAUCGGACCUGAACCUCAGUACAUUGGAAAGCUCCACUCCAACUCUGACAAGGGUGAUGGUUCUGUGAGCUACAUCCUGUCUGGUGAGGGGGCCGGGUCUAUCUUCCUCAUUAAUGAGACAACGGGUGACAUCCACGCAGCACAGAGCCUGGACCGUGAGAGGAAGUCCCAGUAUGUCUUAUAUGCGAGGGCCAUCGACUGGCGGACAAACCGCUCCCUGGAGGCUGAGUCAGAGUUCAUCAUCAAGGUCCAGGAUGUCAAUGACAAUGCUCCAACUUUCCCUGAAGGACCCUUGUCAGCAACUGUUCCAGAGAUGUCUGAUGUUGGAACGUCAGUUUUGCAAGUGACAGCCUCAGAUGCAGAUGACCCGACCUACGGGAACAGUGCCAAGAUAGUCUACAGCAUCCUGGAGGGACAGCCAUACUUCUCUGUUGACCCCAAGACAGGUAUCAUCCGUACAGCGAUCUACAACUUGGACCGUGAGACCAGGGACCACUAUGCUGUGGUGAUCCAGGCCAAAGACAUGGCGGGCUCAGUUGGAGGACUGUCUGGUUCUACUACUGUCAACAUCACCCUCACUGACGUCAAUGACAACCCUCCAAAAUUUCCUCAGAAGAGCUACCAGCUGUAUAUACCAGAGCUGGCUCCAGUAGGAAAGGCAGUGGGUCGGAUCAGAGCCAACGAUGAAGAUGAAGGGCAGAACGCUGAGAUGAGCUACAGCAUCACUAAUGCCGACGCAGCUGCCAUCUUCACCAUCACCAUUGAUGCUGACCGCAGGGAGGGAAUCAUUUCACUCAAGCAGCCUCUGAACUAUGAGAAGAGAAAAGUUCACACUCUCAACAUUGAAGGCUUCAACACCCAUCCAGACUCCCACUUCUCCCACCUGGGGCUCUUUAAGGAUUCCACAUCGCUGCGAGUCAUUGUGGGUGAUGUAGAUGAGCCUCCUGUCUUCUCCAUGGACUACUACAUUAUGGACAUGUAUGAAAACUCACCUGCCGGUACCCAGGUUGGCACUGUAACUGCUGUGGACCCUGAUAGCACCAACAGCGCUGUCCGGUACUUCAUAGAAAACAAAGAGGAAAGACCUUUGUAUUUUACCAUCGGGGUGAACAGUGGCAUCAUCAGGACUACUCGAGUUCUGGACCGGGAGGAGACUGCGUGGCAUAACAUUACUGUGAUGGCUGCAGAGGUUGAUAACCCUCGUAUGGUGAGUCAUGUUCCAGUCACCAUCCAGGUCCUGGAUGUCAAUGACAACAUUCCAGCCAUCUCUGGGAGCAACAGUGCUGUCAUAGUCUGUGAGAGCACCAAACAUGGACAGGUGAUUCAGACCAUCCGAGCAGAGGAUCUGGACAACUUUGCAAAUGGAAGGUUUUCCUUCUCUGUGCCUGCUGGGCUUCCAGCCAGUCCAAAUUUUACUGUGAAGGACAAUGGAGACAACACUGCCAGUAUAAUAUCUCAUCGGCGUGAGGGCUUCAGCCAGGACAGAGACCAGGAGUUCUUCAGCCUGGUGCUGGUGGUGGCUGAUGGUGGUGAGCCUCCUCUCAGCAGCACUGCUACACUCUCCCUUAGGGUGUGUGUGUGUCAGAGGAACAGCAGGGGGCGCAACAGCAACGUCUGUCAGGGCCAGGCCUUCCUGUCUUCAGCUGGUCUCAGCACUGGGGCUUUUGUGGCCAUAUUGCUUUGUAUUGUCAUAUUACUAGCCAUAGCGAUGUUAUUCACCCAGCUAAGAAAUAAGAAAACAAGCAAGGAGCCUUUGAUUCUUUCUGAAGAGGACAUCCGAGAAAACGUGGUAACCUAUGACGAUGAGGGAGGCGGGGAGGAAGACACAGAAGCCUUUGACAUUGCUGCACUUCGAAAUUCUAAAGCCUCUGAACCUCGCAGGAAGUUCAACACUUACCUUGGCUACGGACUAAGCCCAUACGGAGAGGAGGAUGAGAACGAGGACGACAAGGUUGAGGAUGAGGAGGAGGGGAUCAUGGUGGUAAGGAGGAGGAAAGCACAGGAGGUGGUUUAUAGGAAUUACAGCCCAGAGUUGGAAACUACAUGGUUUGUGAUUAACUGCAUUCCACGAGAGAUCACCCAGUCGGCACCUUCGCUUCUGCUUGAUGGUCAGGAUAUCAUUCAGAGGAUCAUCCAGCAGAAGUUGGCCAAAGCAGACUCUGACACACGGGGGCCACCGUAUGACUCACUUCAAACAUAUGCCUUUGAAGGCCAGGGGUCCUUGACCGGGUCAGUCAGCUCUUUGGGCCUGACUGCUGCACUGCCUGAACUGAACUAUGCCUUCUUGGAAGACUGGGAGCCAGCGAGGCAAACACUGGAACUAAUUGUUGGAGAGCAACUGGCUACAGAUCAAGCUAAUCCUGACACCUAAAGAUAACCAAUAGGAAGUUUUUUGGUUUUUUUUACCUUUGGCUAGAUUUGCUGAAACAGAUUGCAUUUUACUUGUGCCAUUUAAACCUGGGUGCAAGGAUACAAAAUGACUGCCGCCAAAAACUGGCAAUAAGGAAUUGUGAUAUAAUGUUAAAUCAGAGGAUAAGAAAAGCCAUUUAUGUGUACCAGGAGAGAAGAACACACAGGCUGGAGAGAGAAUUUGGCAAAAGCAUCCUAGCAUUUGCUGGAAUUAGGGACAAAAUGGAGACUGAGAGAAGACCAGAGUUUUAACAUGACAGGUCAAUUUGCAUAUGGUUUUC